UCCGGCACCGAGCUAGCUGGGUCAGGGGUCAGGAGCAGAGCAGCCUCCGGGCCUGGACCGGCGCGAGCGGGCUGUGUGAUGGCCUCGGAGCGCCUGGAGCCGGAGGUGGAAGAAGCUGGGCAGGUGUUUCUGUUAAUGAAAAAAGAUUAUAGAAUCUCCCGAAAUGUUCGCCUGGCUUGGUUCCUUAAUCAUCUGCAUCAAACUGUGCAGGCCACACCCCAGGAGUUGCUGCUUCAGUCUGAGCAGGAGUUGGAAGUCCUCAGUGUCCUGCCUCCUGGAUGGCAACCAGAUGAACCAGUGGUCCCAAGGCCAUUCCUUCUUGUACCUUCUACCCGGGUCACCUUCCUGGCUUGGCAGUAUCGUUUUGUUAUUGAGCUGGACCUCAGCCCAUCUACUGGCAUUGUGGAUGAUUCCACGGGGGAGAUCUUGUUUGAUGAAGUUUUCCAUGCCUUGUCCCGCUGCUUGGGCGGUCUGCUUCGGCCCUUCCGAGUGCCUGGAUCCUGCAUUGACUUCCAACCUGAGAUCUACGUAACAAUUCAGGCCUAUUCUUCCAUCAUUGGCCUGCAGUCCCACCAGGUGCUGGUGCAAGGUUGCCUUUUGGACCCUUCUCAACAGGAGGCUUUCCUGAAGCAGGUGUAUGAGCAGCUCUGCCUCUUUGAGGAUAAAGUGGCCACCAUGCUGCAGCAGCAGUAUGAACCCCAGAGCCAGGCAGAAGAACAAUCCCCAGAAUCAGGGGAGUCCUUGGGCCGGAAGAUAGGAGUCUCCAUGGUGACAGCUGAUCUUGGGUUGGUCAGUAUGAUUCGUCAAGGCAUCUUAGCACUGCAGUUGCUGCCCUCAAAUUCUAGUGCAGGUAUCAUCGUGAUUACAGAUGGCGUAACCAGUGUCCCUGAUGUUGCUGUCUGCGAGACUCUACUGAACCAGCUCCGCAGUGGCACUGUGGCUUGUUCCUUUGUGCAGGUGGGAGGAGUUUACUCUUAUGACUGCAGUUUUGGCCAUGUGCCCAAUGUGGAAUUGAUGAAGUUCAUUGCAAUGGCGACAUUUGGCUCCUACCUGUCCACUUGUCCUGAGCCUGAGCCUGGCAACCUGGGUCUGACAGUCUACCACCGGGCAUUUUUGCUCUACUCCUUCCUGCGCAGUGGGGAAGCGCUGAACCCUGAGUACUACUGUGGCUCUCAGCACCGCCUGUUUAAUGAGCACCUGGUCUCUGCAAGCAGCAACCCUGCCUUGGCCUUACGCAGGAAGAAGCAUACUGAGAAAGAAGUGCCAGCUGACUUGGUCAGCACUGUAUCUGUGCGCCUUCGAGAGGGCUACAGUGUCCGAGAGGUUACACUGGCCAAAGGAGGGUCACAGUUGGAGGUGAAACUGGUACUGCUGUGGAAACACAACAUGCGCAUUGAAUAUGUGGCUGUGGCACCCUGGCCCUUGGAGCCUGAGGGCCCUCGAGCAACACGGGUAGAAGUGACAAUGGAAGGGGGCUAUGACAUUUUGCACGAUGUGUCCUGUGCACUAAGGCAACCUAUCCGCUCGCUGUAUCGUACCCAUGUUAUCCGCCGUUUCUGGAAUACACUGCAGAGCAUUAAUCAGACGGAUCAGAUGCUAGCUCAUCUUCAGUCCUUCUCUUCAGUGCCAGAGCAUUUCACACUUCCAGACAGCACCAAGAGUGGAGUGCCACUCUUCUACAUCCCUCCUGGCUCCACCACCCCGGUGCUCUCCCUUCAGCAUAGUGGUUCUGACUCAUCCCAGGCCCAAUUUGCUGCUUACUGGAAGCCAGUGCUGUCCAUGGAUGCUAAUUCAUGGCAGCGAUGGCUGCACAUGCAUCGCCUGGUGCUAAUCCUGGAGCAUGACACACCAAUCCCCAAGCACCUUCACACCCCAGGCAGCAACGGGCGCUACAGCACUAUCCAGUGCAGGAUCUCACACUCCUCACUAACCUCUCUGCUUCGGGACUGGAGCAGCUUUGUGCUGGUUGAGGGCUAUUCCUAUGUCAAACUGCUCUCCAGUGCCCCAGACCAGCCCCCAUCCUCCUUCUACAUGGUCCGCAUCAUUUCCAAAACCCCGUGCAUGGUUCUUCGCCUGGGUUUUCCAAUUGGCACACCAGCCCAGGCCCGGCACAAGAUUGUGUCAGGCUUGCAAGAAGAGAUCCUGCGCCUUCGUUUCCCUCACCGUGUACAAAGUAAGGAGCCAACACCCAAAGUGAAACGAAAAGGGCUGGGGGGCGUUGGUGGGAGCAACUCUCCCUCUAAGUCACCCCCCAUGCUGGGGCCACAGCAGGCCCUGUCUGACCGGCCCUGCCUUGUGGUCCUCCAUAAGCCAUUGGACAAGCUCCUCAUCAGGUAUGAGAAGCUACCCCUGGACUACCGGGCACCCUUCUUACUGACUCUAGAGCCACCAGGGCCACUGCCCCUGGUGGCGGGCCGCUCAGCCUCAUCUAGCCUGGCAUCACUGUCGCGAUACCUCUACCAUCAGCGCUGGCUGUGGAGUGUCCCAUCAGGCCUGGCCCCAACGCUGCCACUCAGCGCCAUAGCCCAGCUCCUGUCUGUUCUCACUGAAGUCCGACUCUCUGAGGGGUUCCACUUCGCCUGUAGCGGGGAAGGAAUCAUUAACAUGGUGCUGGAGCUUCCAGUUCAGAAUGAGCCACUGGGACAGGCUACAGCUGAAGAGAAGCACACAUGCGUUGUCCAGUACAUCUUGUUCCCCCCCCACUCUACCUCCACCAAAGACAGCUUCUCAACAGAUGAUGACAAUGAUGUGGAGGUGGAGGCCCUAGAGGGAGACUCGGAGCUCAAUCUGGUCACUGAGGUGUGGGUUGAGCCUCAGUAUGGGCGAGUGGGACCUGGCCCUGAAAGCUGGAAACACCUUCAGGAUUUGACCUACUCUGAGAUCCCUCAAGCUCUCCAUCCACGGGAUGCUGCCUGUAUAGGCUCCCUGCUGAGCUUUGAAUACCUGAUACAGCUGUGCCAGAGCAAGGACUGGGGUCCUCUGCCCCCAGAGCCACGGGUCUCAGAUGGACUAGACCAAGGAGGAGACACCUGUGUUCAUGAGAUCCCUUUCCGUUUUGACCUGCUAGGAUUGUUGCCACAGUGCCAGCAGCUGCAGAUGUUCUUCCUUCUGCUCUCCAGAGAGCCAGAGGGUGUCUCUCUCGCCGAGGGGCCCUGUCCCACCAACGACAUGGUGCUGUGCCUGCUGCACAGCUGCCUGGGACAAGAGCUGAGUGACCGGGAGAUCCCACUGACCCCUACUGACCAGGCUGCCUUCUUAAGUGAGGUCCUGCGGCGGAGCUGCCGUGAUCCAGGUACAGAGGGGCCUCCAUUGGGGGGCCAUGAGAUCCUGAAGGAUCAGAUGGUCGACAGAACCCAAGCCACUGGAGACUCCGCCCUUCCUGCCCUGGGUGUGGGUAUUCCUGAAACUUGGAGGCCUUCCAUCUGUGCCCAGCCCCUUCAGUGGCACUGCUAUGCAAGGCUUGUGAGCCCCCAGCAUGUGUUUCUGACUUUUCUCCCAGCUACCUUCUCAGAUGUCCAACAUCUAGCUGCCUAUGGCCUGGAGAGUCCCUUUCAAGAAGAAAUAAAACCUAAGCUUGUGGAUUGGAGUGGAGGUCCCAGCCUGAAAGAUCUGGGAGGAACUGGGGCUAAGGCUACAAAGUCCCAAGUUCCCAUCCUCAGUGUAACCCUAGCCAGUGAUAGUGCCCAAGAUGCAGGAGAACCAAGGCCACCCUCCCACCCAGACUUACCAGCUUAUCCUGGGCAUCAGGCUCCCCAAACAGAGGGUACAGAUGGGCCCCGGACCAGGUGUCCUGUCUACAUCUAUAGCUGUUCCCUGGAAGCACUGAGGGAACAAAUGGUUGGCAUACAACCCCCUCAAGCACCACGAGAUCUCAUCUUCCGGACUCAGUUUCUAGAUCAUUCCUCCUCAUCCUCAGUCUGGAUGGAGCCCAGGUACAAAGAGGCAGCCACCCACUGUGCCUUGCUGCAGGAGCACGCACAGCGGUGCUAUGUCCGGGGGCUGUUCCGAAGCUUGCAACAAGCACAGAGCGUGACCUGCCAGGACUUGCUGACUGCAGUAGAUGCGUGUGAGGAGCUGUUACAAGAAGUAGACAUCACUUCUUUCCUGCUUGCACUGUGUGGCCAUACUUGGGGUUUGCCUCACCCACCCCCAAGCCCUGGUCCUCUCAGUCCAGGGCCCUUCAGCAGUAGCAUCGAAGAGGGACCAGAGCCUCGGGAACGAGCCAUCCUGGUUUCUGAGUCCAGUAUAGAGACUGAAGACCUAAGUGAGCCUGAGUUUCAGAGCACCCGUGUCCCUGGAAAUCCAGACCCUGGCCUGGAGAUCUCUCUGACAGAUGUCUGCCAGUUCAAAGGAGAGGCACACGAUGCCCUUCACAACCUCAUCCAGGAGAAGUUCCUGGAGAUCAGCCGUCUCCACUUCCGCACAGUGCCCUCCAAUCCUCACUACUUCUUCUAUUGUCCUCCAUCCAGCAGGCGAGAGGAUGAGGGACCACGAGACACAAUAGACAGAAAAGUCAGUGACCUGGAAUUUUCAGAGGCUGAGCUCGUGGGAGAAGAAGGCGACACAUCUGCCUGCUGUGUGGUUACCGAGAGCGACCCAGAGCUGGAGGUGGAAUACUGUGAGAGCCGUGAACCAGACCUGGGUCCUGCUGGGCUAGACUCCACCUCACUGUCAGAUGCAGACACUGUGAACCCUGAUGAAGACUCCUUCAGUAUCUUGGGGGGUGACUCACCCACUGGGCCUGAGAGCCUCGUGCAUGACCUGCCACCCCUCUUCCUUCACCUCACAUGCUCUGUGCGGUUGCGUGGCCAGCACAACUCAGUACCUGUAUGCAGCUUGCCCACCUGCCUGGGCCAGGUUCUUUCCAGUCUGGAGGGACCCCCCAUUGGAGGCCGAGUUCCCAUGAGGGACCUCAGUAUCACUCUGGAUGUCUUUGUGCUGACCUUACCCCUCGAAGUGGAGCUGCCCCCAGCCUCGGACCCUCAACACCACCGGUCAACAUCUGAAAGCAGUGCUUCGUUCCCACGGUCACCAGGGCAGCCAUCAUCUUUAAGGUCAGAUGAUGGCCUGGGGCCCCCGCUACCACCCCCAGAAGAAGAGAGGCACCCAGGACUGUCUAAUUUGGCCACACCCCACAGACUGGCUAUUGAAACAACUAUGAGUGAGAUCCGCUGGUUGUUAGAAGAUGAGAUGGUGGGAGCACUCCGAAGAGGGGGCAUCCCCCAGAGCCCUGCCCUGCACCGGGCAGCUGCCCAUAUCCAUAGCUCUCCAGGACGUUCCACCUGCCUUCGCCAAACUCUUCCACUGAGUUUUGUGUUUGGGCCAGAACGCUCUCUCACACAGUUCAAAGAGGAGUUCCGCCGCCUCCACCUCCCUGGCCAUGUACUCCUUGAGGACCCCGACAGUGGCUUCUUCUUUGUGGCAGCUGGCCAACAAACAGACGAGCUCCAUGGGGUGCCUCCUUCAGCAGCCUGGACUUGGCACAGCCAUGAGGACAGGGCUGAAGGUGUCGAAGGGGAGGUCCCGACAGCCAGCCCCCAAGCCCCUGGGUCAUUAGAGGAUUCUGAAGGCACCCCUCUCAUCAGCCUGCCCAGUCUGACACAGGGAGGGAGUCAUCCUGGGCCUAGCCAAGGACUAAGCCUCAUGUCCAGUCAAGGAAGUGUGGACUCAGACCACCUAGGUUAUGAUGGUGGCAGCAGUGGCUCAGACAGUGAGGGUCCCGGUGAGACCCUUGGUGAGAAGACCUCCUUCACAUUGCCGACUCCAUCUGGGCUGGCACCUCCACAGCCUUCACUUUUAGGCCUCCCCGGGCCUUGCCUCCCUGAUUUCUGGCUCAUUGUCAGGAUACUGCAAGAUCGUGUAGAAGUGUAUGCACAUGCACGGAGCCUCAUUCGGGAGGAUGGGGGACCUGGCACAGAAUGUCGCCACCUGCAGCAGCUCCUGGUAAGGAGAGUUGGGGAGAUCUGCAGAGAGGUCAAUCAGCGACUGCUCCUUCAGGACCUUCAUGACAGUCAUGUGUGUAACUCCCUUCUGGUGGCCGAGAGUGAAGAAGAUCUAUGGCGCAGCGAGACGCCUUUCCAUUCCCGUCAGCGGGCACCACUGCCCAGUGAUGAUUACUGUGCUGAUGAGAGCUGUGCACCCCGAGGAUACCUAGCAGCCACGAUGCAGUUUGUCCCAGGCCAUUUCUCCUGUGAUGUUGUAUGGGGAACUGUGAUCCGAGUCCAUUCACGCCUCAAGAUGGGACCCAGCAUGGGAGUCUCUCGGGCAAUCCAGGCUCUGCGCUCUGUGCUCAACGCCUUCUCUGUAGUGAACCGGAAAAAUAUGUUUGUUUAUCAAGAGCGAGCAACAAAGGCUGUGUACUACCUUCGGCUCCUGGAGACAUCCUGCAGUGACCGGCCAUGGGACGGGACUACUCUGCCCCCAUCCCUAGCUCUGUCCCGAAGCCAGGAACCCAUCUACUCUGAGGAAACCUCGGGUCCGCGAUCUCCCCUGGACAUGGCCUCCAGCCGCAGUUCCGAUGCUGCUCGCCCUGUGGGCCAAGUGGACAGACAUAUCCAGCUGCUGGUGCAUGGUGUAGGCCAGGCAGGUCCCGAAAUCACAGAUGAGCUGGUGCGGGUUCUGCGUCGGCGCCUGGAUGAGGCCACACUGGAUGUCAUCACAGUCAUGCUGGUCCGGAACUGCAAGCUGACACCGGCUGACGUGGAGUUCAUUCAGCCUCCUGGGAGUCUCCCUUCAGAGGUGCUGCAUCUGGCCCUGCCCCCAUCCUGCAGACCCUGGCUUCCUGCUGUGGCCUGGUACCUACGUCAGAACCUACUCACCUUCCUGCAUUCUCCCAAGUACACAGACAGCAACAGCCAGAACCACUUUCAACAUCCACUCCCACCACAGGGUGGCCUCCCUGACUUGGACAUCUACUUGUAUAACAAGCCUGGUGGACAGGGCACUGGGGGCAAAGGGGUUGCCUGCAUCACUCUAGCCUUUGUGGAUGAAAGAGGGUCCCCCAUCUCACUGGCAUUAUGGCCCCCUUCUCCGGAGCCACCAGAGCCAUUACGAGAGGAGGAAUUUGAGCAACUGACUCAGGUCAUUUGUUGUCCAAUCAUGGGCAGUUCUUCAGCUCAGAAUGGGGCCCCAAGGCUUCGACUGGAUGUUUGGGAAAAGGGGAACAUUAGUAUCGUACAGCUGGAGGAGAAGCUCCGGGGCGCAGCUCGCCAGGCCCUGGCUGAUGCCAUCAUGGAGCUGCGUCUACUGCCAGCUUCACUGUGUACAGAAGACAUACCUCCAGGAAGUCUCAGGAGUGUGUCACUGGAAACCAAGAGCCCUACCUGUCGAGCCAGCACCUUUCCUCCUGCCCCCGUCCCUGGGGAGCCCGUGACUCCUCCCAGCAAAGCUGGUCGCCGAAGCUUCUGGGAUAUGCUGAGCAAAACAGAAGGUGGAGAUCUAGGUUCCCCGAAAACAACUGAUGAUAUUGUCCUGGAUCGGCCAGAAGACACGCGGGGUCGGAGACGCCAUAAAACUGAGAACGUUCGAACUCCAGGUGGAACUGAGCGGGCACCAGCCCCGGAUUCUGGAGCCCAGAGACAAAGGCGCCGGACAACACAGCUAGAGGAGGGUGAAGCAGGGACCCUGCACCCUGUGUUUGCUCAUGUCAUUCAGCGCUGGAUGGGAUUUAUGGUCCAGAUUGGUUGCGCUUCAGUGUCCAGAAGCUCCACACACAUGGUGUCCCGGUUCCUCCUUCCAUCUGUCUUGUCUGAGUUCACCGCUCUGGUCAUCUCAAUGGCUGGAGACACCAGUGUCCGUGUCUUUGAACAGCAUUUGGGCUCUGAACCAGGCAUCUUCAGCCCUUGCUCCCCUGGACAGCUGGGCCCAGCUUCCCGCCCAGCAGCUGCGCGGCACCUCUUGCUUCUGGGAAGGAACUUUGCACAGUGGAGGAGGCCAACCCAGCAGGCUGCCAAAGCUGUGCAACGCUUUGAGUCAGGAGGUGAUGGAAGCCCAGGGCGAAAUGCUCCCCGGCAAAGACUUUUGCUACUAGAGGUCAUGGACAAGAAGCUUCAGCUACUGACCUACAACUGGGCUCCAGACCUGGGUGCAGCGUUGGGCCGAGCACUGGUCCGCCUCAUACAGUGGCAGAAUGCACGGGCCCAUCUCAUCUCCUGCCUGCUCAGCCAGAAACUCGGGCUCUUCCAUCAUUGUGGCCAGCUGGACUUCCCAAUGCGAGAUGGAAAGGAGCCAAACCCAUUCCUGAUGCCAACCAUGGAAGUAGAAACCCUCAUCCGGAAUGCAAGCCCUCCACUGAGCCGAGAGCAGGGCCGGCUGAGUGGGUCCUCUCGUGGUGGUGGUCCCCUUCCCCUGGACACAUUCCCCUUCGAUGAAGCCCUGAGGGACAUCACGGCUGCCCGUCCCAGCUCCACAGUUGGUCCUGUGCCCAGACCUCCAGAUCCUGUCACUUACCACGGACAGCAGUUCCUGGAGAUCAAGAUGACGGAGCGCAAAGAGCUGGAGCGCCAGUUGAAGAUGGAGAACCUGUUUGUAACCUGGCAGCAGCGAUCUGCCCCAGCCAGCAUGCCCAUCAGUGCUGGCGAGCUGGAGACCCUAAAGCAGUCAUCCCGCCUGGUGCAUUACUGUGCAACAGCACUGCUCUUUGACCCAGCUGCCUGGCUUCAUGGACCCCCAGAGACCUCUGCACCCUCUGAAGGGCAGUGGCGCCAUCGCCCCGAGUCAGGGUCUGGAGGCCGAGAAGCUCCCACAAGCUGCGAAUCCUUGGAUGUGCCUCUGCCAGGAGCCCGUGAGGAGCCAUGGCUGAAGGAGCUGAGCCUGUCCUUCCUGCAACAAUAUGUACAGUAUCUGCAGAGCAUCAGCUUCGUGCUGGUACCGCUGCGGCCCCCCUCGCCUGCCCGCAGCACCAGCCGGCUACGGGCUAUGGCUAUACUUGGAACAGAGGGCCGCAGCUCCUUCUCCUGCCCUAAAACCAAGACUGAAGGGAGCCCCAAGAGCACUGGCACACCAGUCACUACCUACCACCUGGAGCGGGCACUGCCUGGGGGUAUCAUCCUCAUAGAGCUGACUUUCCAGGGCUGUUACUUCUGCGUCAAACAGUUUGCCUUGGAAUGUUCCCGAAUCCCAAUGGGGCAGGCUGUCAACUCUCAGCUGUCCAUGCUAUUCACAGAGGAGUGUGACAAGGUGCGUGACCUGAUGCACGUGCACUCCUUCAGCUAUGAUUUCCACCUGCGCCUUGUACAUCAGCAUGUGGUCGGUACCCACCUGGUACUGCGGCAUGGCUACCACCUUACCACCUUCCUGCGACACUUCCUGGCCCACCACCCUGAUGGACCCCACUUUGGCCGCAAUCACAUUUACCAAGGGACACUGGAGCUCCCAACACCCCUCAUUGCUGCCCAUCAGCUAUACAACUACGUGGCUGACCACGCCAGUUCCUACCACAUGAAGCCAUUGCGGAUGGCCCGGCCAGGUGGCCCAGAGCAUAACGAGUAUGCCCUGGUGUCAGCAUGGCACAGCUCUGGCUCCUACCUGGACUCUGAGGGACUUCGCCAUCAGGAUGACUUUGAUGUGUCUUUGCUUGUCUGUCACUGUGCUGCACCCUUUGAGGAGCAAGGAGAAGCUGAGCGACAUGUUCUACGGCUGCAGUUCUUCGUGGUGCUCACCAGCCAACGAGAACUCUUCCCCAGACUCACUGCUGACAUGCGCAGAUUCCGGAAGCCACCCAGACUGCCCCCUGAGCCAGAGGCUCCUGGGAGCUCAAUAGGUAGCCCUGGGGAAGCCUCGGGGCUGGUUAUAGUCUCUGGGCCAGCACCUCUGUUCCCACCACUGGCUGCAGAGGUGGGCAUGGCAAGGGCACGGCUGGCUCAACUGGUUCGGCUGGCUGGUGGGCACUGCCGACGGGAUACCCUCUGGAAGCGCCUCUUCUUACUGGAGCCACCAGGGCCUGACCGACUAAGGCUAGGGGGGCGCCUGGCCCUGGCAGAGCUGGAGGAGCUCCUAGAGGCAGUCCAUGCCAAAUCUAUUGGGGACAUUGACCCCCAGCUGGACUGCUUCCUGUCCAUGACGGUCUCCUGGUACCAGAGCCUCAUCAAAGUUCUCCUGAGCCGCUUCCCCCAGAGCUGCCGUCAUUUUCAGAGCCCAGACUUGGGAACUCAGUACCUGGUUGUACUGAAUCAGAAGUUCACCGACUGUUUCGUGCUAGUGUUUCUGGACUCACACUUGGGAAAGACGUCUCUGACAGUGGUUUUUCGAGAGCCCUUCCCAGUACAGCCCCAGGACAGCGAGAGCCCUCCUGCCCAGCUGGUCUCCACCUACCACCACUUGGAGUCUGUCAUCAACACAGCCUGUUUUACCCUCUGGACCCGCCUUCUCUGAGGAAGUGGAUCGCUGACUGUUGAAUCUUGGAUCUGUAAGAUUGCCACUUGAGGCAAGACUGACUAGCACUUAGCCCCAGGGCAAGUUCACACCCAGAAUGACACCAAAGGAUUGUGACUGAGUCUGGGGAUCUACUACAGCCUGACUGCCCUCUACAAACACAGCUGAUGAACAGCUUGGACACCCUUCAGGGCCCUGGGCCCUUCUAGAAGGGGAUGCUUCCUUUCUGCCCAUCCCAGGGGGCUUCACACCAAGCAGUAAGCAGUUACCCCUUAGAGCUCUGCCAGAGUCCUGCCUCAGUUUGGUCACUGUCAGUCACCUGUACCCUUGGCCCUCUGGUCUUUAUUCCCACUUGGCCGUCACUGUUGGACAUUACCAUUGAGAUGAGACACUGGAUCCAAAUUCUGGCUCUUCCUCUGAAGCACAAGUGACUGGUGUUAAACACCCAGUCCCUCAUCCCACCCCCAUUCGACCCCUGAUUUCUCAUUUAUAGAUGAGAGGGCUCAGACACUCUCCUGUAUCUGAACCAACCCUGGCACUGACUAGAGGAUCUGAGCAUGAGCUCUGUGUCUCUUCUCAGUGAGAGGGAAGCAACCUAGAGACACUGAAGCAUUAGACACUAUGUGUCACCCACCCCUGUAAUAUACACAUAAGAAAAUGCUAA